AUACCAUUCUCUAGCCACACACUACUGCUGCUGAAGAUGGGCAACAAACCCUCUGUGCCUCAACCAGGCACCAAAUUCCAAGUCAUCGGCGCAGGUCUCUCACGUACAGGCACAGCGUCCUUUAGCGAAGCCAUACGCGUUCUCCUCAGCGGCCCCGUCUAUCAUGGCGGCACCCAAGCAACUCUAGGCCCCGAAGUCGAAAUCCGCUCCUUAAUCGAGAUCCUUUCUCUUUUCCCCGCAAAAACACCAGCAGACAAGAAAAAAAUGCACGCCCUGCUCAAGCAACGAUUCGAUGGCUACGCCGCCGCCACAGACGCGCCCACGUGCGGUCUCGUGGAGGAGCUGCUCCAGGUGUACCCAGACGCCAUGGUCAUUUGCACAGUGCGCGAUACGCCCGAGACAUGGGUGAAGAGCAUGGAGGGUGUGAGUAACGCGUCUACCAUGUGGUUUCUCCGCUUCGUUCUCUUCCCUAUCCCCGGGAUGCGGUAUUUUGUCGACUAUAUCAAUGUUUUGCGGCAUCAAUGGGUACAUCACUACGGUGAACGCGAACCAGUUACUGAGAAGACGCAUUUCAAUCAUGUCGCCUAUCUAAAGAGGGUGGUGCCAGAAGAUAAACUGAUGUUUUUUAAUGUCAAAGAUGGGUGGGAGCCGCUGUGCAGGGCAUUGGGUAAAGAUGUGCCGGAUAUCCCGUUUCCUAGAAUCAAUGAUUCAAAGGCUAUUGACGAUUUGGCAAUGAAGAUGAUUAAGAAGGGUCUGUUGAGGUGGCUAGCGAUAUUUGCUACGUUGGGUGUUGCCGUUGUGCCACUUUUGUCGUUGAUCUUGAAAGCUUAA